ACGCUCUCCUACGCUCUCCUUCCUUCUCUCUCACAGCAUACCCGCAAACCCGCAUUUACGUACGCCGUGCCGAGCCUUGCUGAAGCACGUUGCUUCAUGACCACCGCUGCAGAUUAAUUCCAGGAUCUUCGCUCCCCAUCUUUGGAUUUAACUUAAAAGUCUGCUGUUAUCCCGGCGGGAUGGCAGUGUUGAUCUACGUGUAACCACUUCAAGCCUCCACUAAGUUCAUUCUUAGCAUGGAGUCAAGUACUUGUUUAGAGCUUGCGCUUGAGGGUGAACGCUUGUGCAAGGCAGGCGAUUUCCACUCAGGUGUCGAGUAUUUAAGCGCUGCGAUCAACGUAGGCACGGAUGAUACGAGAGUGCUUAGCGCCGUUUACAGUCAGCUGGGAAAUGCUUCAUUUUACCUCGGAGAUUAUAAUAAAGCUCUGCAGUACCAUCUGCUUGAUCUCAAUACAGCCAAGGCAGCCGGCGACUUAUUGGGGGAGGCAAAGGCGAGCGGAAACUUGGGCAACACACUCAAAAUGAUGGGCAAGUUCGAUGAAGCAGUCACAAAUUGUGAAAGGCACCUAAGCAUAUCCAGGGAAAAAGGCGACAAAAUAGGAGAAGCACGUGCCCUUUAUAACUUGGGCAAUGUGUACCACGCUAAAGGGAAGCACAUAGCCCGUGCUAGUCGGCAGGAGCCUGGGGAGCUGCCAUCUGAUGUUCAGGACUGCCUUCGGAGGGCCAUCCACUGCUAUGAGGAGAACCUGAAGUUAAUGGUGGCUCUUGGUGACCGAUCAGCUCAAGGACGAGCAUACGGCAACUUGGGAAAUACAUACUACCUGCUUGGCAACUUCAAGAAAGCCAUUGCCUACCACGAGCAGAGGCUCAAAUUGGCCAAAGAGUUUGGGGACAAGGCAGCACAGAGGAGGGCAAAUAGCAACCUUGGUAACGCCCACAUUUUCCUGGGGGAGUUUGGUGUUGCAGCUGAGCACUACACGAAGACUUACCACUUGGCCAAAGAACUUGGAGAUCGGGCAGUUGAGGCCCAGGCGUGCUAUAGCUUGGGAAACACAUACACCCUAUUACGUGACUUUGAGCGAGCCAUAGAAUUUCAUUUGAAGCACCUCCAGAUUGCCGAAGAACUCGGGGACAAAGUUGGUGAAGGACGUGCAUAUUGGAGUUUGUGCAAUGCACAUUGCUCUCUGGGUGACCACAAAGAGGCUCUCCACUAUGCCACCCGGCACCUGCAUGUUUCUCAGGAGCUCGGAGACAAAGUAGGCCAAGCAACAGCACAGAUGAGCAUUGCAGACCUGAAGCAAGUUCUUGAAGGUGAUGCGAGUGAAGCUAAAAAGGGUGCCAUGGAUGAUAUGAGUGCACCACAAGUUGCUUCUAAUGCCAAGAAUACAAAACCAACAAAGCAAGAAGUGCCCACUGAUGCUCAAAAGCAGCAACGGUCUGGAAGUGACAUGGAUCAGGAUGCCUUCUUUGAGCUGCUAAGCGAGUUCCAGAGCAAGCGUAUGGAUGAUCAGCGCUGUUCCAUCACACCGCUGGAGAAUAAGGAGAAUGUAUUGCCCAAUGGAUCACCUCCAUAUCCCAGCCCAACAAGUUCAGGCCCAGAGGACAGUGCUAGUGUUCGGGAGGAACUGCUUGACCUGAUAGUGGGCAUGCAGAGCCGCCGCAUGGAUGAGCAGCGCACCAGCCUUCCACAGCUGCCAGGUCUGCGCCGCAACAACCACAACAACAAUAGCCUGCAUCAUCAUCACCGCAUGUCUGUUGGAUCGGUGCUUGAGGAUGACUUCUUUGACAUGAUCGUGCGGUGCCAGGGCAGCCGGCUGGAGGACCAGCGCAGCAGCAUGCCCACUCUGCAGCGUGCCCCAAGCGCUCCUGUGGUGCCAAGCUCACGAUCGGCACCAACGGUGCCUGAUGAGGACUUUUUCUCGCUCAUCCUGCGCGUGCAGGCAGGCCGCAUAGAGGACCAGCGCACCUCCUUCCGGCCCCCCGAUGCCGCCCCAACCACUUCAUCUGCCCCCGUCCGGGCCAGCCUCAAGGGCAGUCUCAAAUCGGCCCUGCGGGGAAGCCGCCACUCCAAGUCCAAGCAGUGAAGGCAGAACAUGUUGUUGGCCAAAGGGUCUUGCUCACAAGAGGCACGGUUUGCAUGCACAUGGAGUAGCCACGUGGUUCUCACUUUCCUGGGUAGGUGAAAGCUUGAGGCCUCUGAUGAAUUUGACACAUUAAAGGUUUCUUAACUGGUCCACACAAAUGUAAACCAACAGAAGGCAGUUGUGAUCAAAUGCCCUGGCAGGAAAAAAUCGUUAGUGUUGGGUGCCACCAAAGACUCUUAGGUUUAGUUUGAGACUCAGUUUCAACUGUCCAUAAACUCAUUAUAUUGUAUUGCAUCUGGUGCAUAGCAUGCGAGGUUUAUUGAUGACAUAGAGCAGUGCAGCAGUAGUUGUAGUUAUAACUUUAAAAUGUUUCACAGCACUGUUUCACAAUGUUAACGCAGCUUUUUAUUUAUUUAUUCAGCUUUGGAAUGGCCACUAUGCUACAGUGCCCAUGCUUUCUGCCAUUUUUGGUUGUGUGCAGUGGUAGUCCAGCAGUGCCAUUGGCAUAAUUUGACCAAUUUGUGUUUGCCUACGCGAGUUCGGAUGCUCUAAGGGACAUCAGUGAAAUUAAUUUGUAUGACAGUGCAAGAAUGAAAGCCCCCCCCCCCCCCCCCCCCCCUCACUUUACACUCAUUGAAUUACGAGAUCAGCAGCACUUGUACAGUUGCGAGCAAAAGUUUGAGGACCAAAAGUGCCGUGUUUUUGCAGAUGGGGCAUUCCAGAUAAAAUCCAACGCACACUUACGUGCGCGCAUUGGACCAAUGCAAUGCAUUAAACCGAUUGCGGGCUGCGGAGCUGUGCUUGUAUAUAUAUUAAUUUUUUUUUGCUGAUGCCGUGGUCUCCACAACUUUGCUCGAACCUGUACACAUGCAGUUUCUGUGUAAAAGCAACUUUGGUUGGCAUGCUGUUAAAACAUGACUUGAAUUGCUGACAAUUCUAUUUGUCAGUGCCAAGUUUGGGCAGCCUGCCUAUUUUGAUUAGAUCGAUAUAUUUGUAACUGAAAAAUGCUGACACAAUAGUGAAUGUCAUCCCAAAGGGAAAGCUUACCUGCAGUAACAUAAUGUUGAUGCUUGCAAUCUAGCUGGUGUUGCACAAAGGCAAAUGCUGACAUCUUCAUGAAAAAAUGUGCAGCUUUAUCUUAAUGUGUUGCAGCCAGAAUGAAAAAAAUGCAGCACUUUCGUAGCAGUUAGUGGGAAAAUAUGGCACCAUUUCCCAAAGUCUGGGCAUAGUUCUGUGACAGCAGGCAGGCCUCUUAUUUAUAUUACAAAGAUACCUCUUCAUUAAAUAAUGUUUAGACAUCAGUCAUGGCUUUUGAGCAUGACUAUUCAGCCAUGCUCAGAACAUACCUUGACAUUAUUAGUAAAUGCAUGUGUACUUUGUGUUCCUCAGUUAUGUCUCGUAAUGCUCAUGAAUAAUGUACAAGUUGGAUAGAAUUUUCAGCUCCCUUUGUGAUGAUUCUUCAUCAAUUUUAUCAUUUAAGAGAUGAAAGUGGCACUCGCUGAUGUAAUCGCUGUGAUGCUGUUUUGGGCUGAAAAAUCCUGCUAUUUCUGCUUUAGUAUGUGAAUAUCUGAUACAAAAUCUUUCGUAUUUGGGACUGCUUGGACCACCACUGAUAAUAUGUCCUUAGCAGCAUGUGUGUUCUUUUGUCAGUCAACAGCUCCACUGCUGUUUUAAAAAAAAAGUUAAAGCAGCUUCAAGUUUUUCCGACGCCACACAUUUCACACUAGAAACUUGGAUAGGCAAUGUGCAAAACUCCACAAGCAGGCAUCUCCGCACAACUUUUAACACCACUACUACAACAGUAGUGCUCAUGCUCAAACCAUUUGCAGAGCAAGGAAUGUGUUUGAACAUGUUACUUUCCUGCAGUCACUCAUUGUGUGUGCCCCAGCUGGCUUUUUUUUUUUUUGAGCUUACAAUGUUCAUCUUAGUGUGAUAUUUGAGUUGUGUGUAGAAACCAGCUUGUGAACUUUGCAUAUCAUCUACUGGGCAGUAUAAAAUGAGCUUUAAGCUAGCUGCUGAUAGUAAUUGUAGUACGUCUCCAGCUUGCAUCCAUAGUACCAGUUGCAGCCAUGUCAAGCUUGAGCAAUGGCCAGUGGCACCACGCAUUGACACUUUGACAGUAUGGAUUAUGGUUGCAAGCAAUUUGGCAAAGUGUGGUAUUUAUACUAUUUUUUAACACAGAAGUGGUGCACAUUAAUAUUGUGUAAGAUAUCGUGUUUGUAUGUAUAGAUCCUCCAUGUCUGGUUGAAAUGGUAUGAUGCUUUUCAUUUUAUUUAUUUGCGCAUUGGGCAUAAUGUAUUCUACUUGCUUUUUUUACUGAAAGUAAUUAUAGUGCAAGUUUAUUUACAUCAACAAUGGGCUAGCUAUUGUAGUAAGCUUUUAGGUGUAAGAAGCACCUAAAUAAUUUUGAUUUGUCCGUGAGUGUUUUUUUACACACAGAAUAUUAGCUUCUAAAUUGAUUAUCAAAGUACUGCAUAAGCAUAAUUAUUCUGAGUGCUAUAUUUUGUUCCCAGUGCUAGAUUUACUGCUAAGAUAGUGGUAUACUGAUGUGAUGAUGUCACAGGUGUCAUUAACAAACUGUGUGAUCCCAAGUGUUCUGGCGAAUGCCAAGUAGCCAUUUUAAUUUAUUGUAACUCCACAUUUCACUACACAUCAACUUUUGUUGCCGGCUUGCUACAGCUACAUGGUGUGGUUAAAUAUAAUGCAUUUGUGUUGUGAUGUCUUUUUGAUAAUGUGUGAUUACCAUUGCCACAAACUGCACUUAAUCAAGGUUACUAUUAGUGUACUGACUCGACUCUUGAGCAACAUUUCUGUGUGUUCUGCUAAAUUUCAUGUGCAACCUUUGCCACAGGUGUGCAGGCCACAGUGUAUGCAGUGGGGUGCCUGUGGUGCUUUUGAGUUCUAGAGAGUAAGAAGGGCAGUUCAUAACUUUAGAGCUUCAAGGUGCUGUGGAUGCUACAAGAUCCCCACUAGGUGGCCUGUGGCCUGUUUGCUCUUGACAGAGGUUGUGGCUUAAAAGCAAAUGGCUAAAUGUUCAGCUUGAACUUUUCUUUCUGACUGUACACAAUGCUUGUAGUCCCUCUUGAUUUUAAACUUGUUUAGCAUAUGGCAGUGCUGUGUGGUAGGAAUGUGUCGGGUAGUUGGCAAAGGGUUGCAGAAACUUGACCAAUGGAGCUGACCAAAGCUUGUUGCAAGUAAAUGCGCUUUUUUCAGACAUCCUCUCUAAUGCACAGAAAAUCAGUGAGACCAAUGCCACAGCCUAGUAGCACAGUUAUCACAUUGCUAUGAAGCAUUGGCAGUAUAUAUUUGCGACUUUCCUAGAGGUGUACAGCAUCUUGUUACUUAUGGAGGUCAGGAAUUCCCCCUACAUGUGUAAUGCCGGUGUGCUAGUUAAAGUGUGACCUUGUGUGUAGUAUCUUGCCCAAGAAAGAAACUUAAUUCACCACCAACAAUCUUAUAUGUAGUGAAUUUCCUCUGGAGAGGAUAUUCAAUUUUCAUGUUACUGUGUCUAAACAGUGCCAGUACACCAAGCUGCCUGGCAUUAUAGAGCUAAACAGUGCAGCUGAACAGGUAGUGCAUAAUAUUUCAAAUACUUGCUUAUUUGGGGCCAGAGCAUUUGAUAGAUACUUUCUAGUUAAGAAUAUGGCUGUUUCUAUAUGUAUUUGCACUGUUUCAUACAUGUAAAUGCACAGUUAGUAGUGUGCAGAACAAGGGGCUGUACCAUACAACCAGCAGGUACUCCUUCACUUGAUUGCUCUUUUCCUUAAAAGCUUGUUUCUAUUUGAGGCAGAUCUGGCCCGUUCGUGUUGAAUGUAGCUUCACAUCCGUCAUGUUGUUGCUAGGGGAGCAGACUUGUCUGACACAACUUUCUUUCCAUUGGAUUUGUGUUCAACCUGUCCUUGUCUUCGUAGACAGCAUGCCAAGGCAGCAAGGCAGCAUGUCUUUUCUCUUGAGCUGAGGCAUUGAUUUUUUGCUCUGAGAUUAGCAGAACUGCAACAUAAGGGGAAAGGAGUACAACUGCUGGUGAGGUGCCAAAUGCCGACAGUGGUGUCAGAAUCGUAAACACCUGAUUAAAUUUUCCCAUGAGCUCUUGUUCUAAAUCGAACCACAGUUUCACCUGGUUUAACCUGGAAAACCUGCUUAGAAUGUUGUGACAAUGUCUUUAGACCUCUUUUCAUUUACUUUGCUCAUAAUGUUAUCACUACUACUUUACUUGAAAAGCAUACACAACAUCUUCUGUUAGUUUUAUUCUGUACCAGGAUUUAUUUUUCUGUUAUUUAGGAAAUGAUGUUAAAAUUUUUGUUUGCUUGUAAGACAAAUAUGCCAGGGUAUAAAUAAAAAAAAAACUUUUUUUUUUCUGAAACCAUUUCUGCAUUUGGUGGUUGGUUAAUAUAAUGCCAAGUCUCCUAUGAUUCAUCCUGCUGCUACCAAACCAUAUGGCAAGUCAAUGCUUCAUACAAUGGCAUAACGAUGAAAGUGCCAUCACAGCACAUCUGUGGUGGCGUUGUAGAAAGGGUAUGUUCUCCUAUUCAAAUAACCCCAAAACUAUGUCAGCAUCCUCUUGAAAAUUAAAGGCCAAAGUUGGAAUAAGACAAAGGAACAAAAAUAAUUAUCUCGUAGGAAAGUGUGCACCUUUCUAACUGAAUCUGAGAUAGCCUUCUUGCUGAAGGUGUUUUCAGGGGAUGUUUGUGGACUAACAGACAGCCAAAAUAUGUUUUUGCUGAGCCUUUGUUCCAUCAUGUUAGAGAGCAAUCAGUAUACAUAUUGUCUACACAGUUGUGUGUUGCCGUUGGAAAAAGUGAAGCAGAAAGUUUGGGUAUGGGAAAAAAAUUUGAAUUAAAAAGUUUAUUUUCAUUUUCAGCCAAAGUAAUGGUAGGAAGGCUAUUGAAGCCCAAUUGUAGAAAAAACGUCUUCCUUGCACUCAUGCCAAAGCACCUGUGUCAGCACAUUUUUAUUAGUGUGAGCAGUUGUGAAAAGCUAAUGGCAUUGAGUCUCUUAAUGACAGACAAGCAUCAUGUGACUGCAAGUCUACAAUAAAUGCAAGAGAAACAAAAACAGAAAAAGUUGCUAAAAAAGGGUAUUUUUAAAGGAAUGUGUCAGCUUCAGUGAUUUCAAGAGUUAGAAAUUGUGGAAAUGUGUAGAAUCGUGCUUGAAAUAACUGUCACUUGUCAUCGAUACACAUGUUAAAACCACUCAUUCAUUUGCCAUUGCCUUUCUGAAGUUGGCAUCAUCGUUUAUAAACUUUUGCUGUUCUUGAAGAGAGAUUUAAGGAUUGUGUCAAUGUUACUUAUUGGUUUGGCACUGUUUCAAAGAUUCAGUAUGUCUAGUUUCAGAGCCUUUGACAAAGCUAGGAACUUUAAAAAAAUAAAAAGUAAAGGCCAUGCUUUCUUGUCAAAUAAGGUAGCAAUACAUCUAGAUAUUCCUUCUCCAGCAACCUGCAGCUUACUUAAGUGACAUUUCCUUUAUAUAUAUAUAUAUUUAUUUUUCAGCAGUGGUUUGCUUUAUUCUGUUUGAGAUCAUAUUGACACUGGCCCAUGCUGUUUUUUCCCUUGAUGAUGCCCUGACACCAUGUGACAGGUUUUGCUGCACAACCAUGACCAUUGUGCAGAUGUGUAAAUGUUGGAAUUUGUGCUUUGUGAACAUUGAAACCAAAUUCAAGUCCCCAGCUACUGCAUGGAGCCAGCAAGAGAGAGAUGUGCUUGGCAGCUUGUGUGAUGAAGACAGCAUUGUGCUGGUGAAGUGCAGGCCUUCAGUAGAGUGUCUGGCUUGUAGUUCUGAGCCCUAGGGCAGAAUCGCCUGCCUUAUCAAGUCUUUGAGGCAGCCUUGCCAGGCAUGCUUCAGCAGGUACCUGAACUGCUUGUCUUUUAAGGUUUGUAAAGCGUCCCUGUGAGAAGGCGUUUUUGUCUGGCACAUUUAUGUCGUAUCUUGGUGAUGUAAGAUGCCUGCUUCAUGAUAAAGUGCACACAUGCCAGCCAUCUGUUUUCCGCGAGUUAAGACCUCAAAGGUGUGGCUAUCUGUCCUUCAGUGUACCUAAACGUAUUGUGGAAACUGUUAUGAAUAUGGAAGGUCAGGGUGGGUGUUGUCGAAUUUGCAUUUAUAAAGCGCACACACAACACAUAUGCACAUAAAGCUUGCAGUCCUGAACGAAGUAAAUAUUACUGAAAAACUGUGCACACCUCUAAGUCACUGCAAACAAGUAUGCACUCAAGGAUAGUUCUGCUGCUAGGAAGUGACCAACACCACAGCAAUGAGGAUAUAAAGGCUAGAUAGUUGUGAAAAUCAAACCAAAGCUGUGCUUGAAAUAGCAAGCUUCCAUCACUUGAAGUCUGAGUGUUUUGUUGAAGCUACAGUGCCAUUAGAUGGGUUAUGAAGCUCAUAAACCUAAUGCAAGCAUCUUUUAUGACUGAUUACACUAUGCUUUGAAAAUGUGAAGCUUGUCAAUAGGUUUUUUUUGUUGCACUGGCAACCUUUAUCCUGUGUACAGUCAUGGGAAAAAGAAAACUGAGUAGAAGAGUUCAUAAUGGUACUACAAAAUCGAAAGAUCAUGCUCGAGGUGAGUAAUGCAUCCAUGCAGUUAAUUUGAACUUGCUAUAUGACAUAUUGUUUUUCAUAGAAUAUAGCAAUGACAUUCACAAGCAAAGUGAAAGUCUUUUUUUUUUUUUAGUCAACUUGUUUUAGGUUUCAUUAGCACAGCUAACAGACGUUGCUAUUUCAUUUCUUCACAGUACAGGGUAAAUUAUGUUAAGCGAGAUUAACCAGAACAUUAUUCCAAAAUAUUUCAACUUUUUCUGGCAUUUUUUUUCUUGCAUGCGCAGUUGCAUUUUCUUGAAUGCACCAGAAGUUAUUGUCGUGGUGCAAGUUUUUUGACACUACAAUUUUCUUGUGAUAGGGCAACAUGCAACCAGGGUAUAACAUCGUAUUCAGGUUCGAUUUGCGUAUUUUCUUUUUCCCAUCGUUGGCUUGCGCACUGCAAUUCCUCAUCAGCUACUGUGUUUAAGGUAUAUCGAGAGGAAGUAAAAGAAAACUAAAAAAUCCUGUAUUAUGCCAGCAUAACAAUGUUCCUCCAUUUGUAAAAAAAAAUGAAUGCUAUGAAAGAUAUUUGUAUAUUCAGGCAAUAUUGGUAAACUCUAUAUAUAUAUAUAUAUAUAUAUAUAUAUAUAUAUAUAUAUAUAGUCAGCAGGUUAUGCAGGUGAGUUUGCCAAAUCCAGCUGCAUCGAAUGGUUCAACUUAAAAUUCAUGUAAUUAUACUUGUGAAGGUGUUUGUCAUUAUGCAACAUUAAAAGACAACCGUUAAGAUAUAAUAUUAUCAUGGAGACUAGUGCUAUUUAAAGCUGAAGGAAGUUUUGAGAUCAAAUAAAGUUUCCUGAACUAAUGGCAGCAGAAAAUAUUGUUGCAAAUAGAGUGACAAUCUUGCACUUCCAAGCAACUUCCUUACAUAGUGUUUGGUGAGCUGGGCACUUUUACGACCACUUGGCUGCUUAGCAUCCUUUAUAUGCUAAGAAAUUUUCGAAGGCAUAUAUGAGUUUGUUUUAUAAAAAAACAAAGAAGGAAAACACUUAGGAAAUCUAAGAACAGCAUGUGGUGUUGGGAGGGUAACUGGGAACUGAACAGGUUUUGCAGCUAUGGCCAAGAGUCUGUGCAAGUUUCCUUCAGCCUAAUGGAGGCUGUGCAUCAGACCAAUGUGUUGUUACACCAAGGCACUCUGUGUUGGCCAGUGUGUGUCCUUGCGUGUGUUGAUUUGUGUGUAUAUAAUAUAUACCUAAAUAUAUGCGCUUGUACGUAUCAGCCUGGGAGGCAUUCAUGUCCUAAUGUCCCUGUGUGUUGUCAUAGCCAUGAAUUGUGUUUACUUAAAAAAUUCACUUAGUGUCCAUCUCGUACAGGUGUCUCGUAUAUACAUCAUUAUAAAUAUAUAAAAAUAUAACCCAGCCACAUAUAGGAGCUCAGUAAAAUUGUUCAUGCUUCAUGUAAAGUAUAUUUUUUAGAAAAAAAAGCAAGCCAAAACGUUACUAGUGGUCAUCUUUUUAUGCAGCCAGACUAGCGCAGACUGCAUCCAUUUAGCAUUUACUGCUUGUUACGCAAUCGUUGCAUGAAGUGAACAGUUCAUAGAACAAAUGUUAUUUCUUCCAUGUUCAAUAUAGCACCUGCCAGUGAAUAAGAUGGGCUGGUUUAUUUUUUUUCUCCCAUUUUCCUUUGGAUUGGAAAAGAGUAAUUGUUGUAACGUGUUGGUUGUUCACUAUGUGUAAUCGUGUUGAGAAAGCCUGCUAUGCUGAAUGAAACUGUUGGUUCCUCCACAAGCAAAUGUCAUUUUCAAGAACUUCAACCUACUACAGUGUGCGAACUUUCAUCCAGGAAAAUGCAUUUGUCAGGUGCCCAUGUGUGCAAAUGUUUGCACCAUAGCUGUUGUUGCAACUGUCAGCAGUUCCCAGUGAUAACAUGAAACAAUAUUGUCUACUUGGAAACUGUCAGUAAACUGUAGACACUAUGUUGUCAGCUGGUGAGGGAGCUGCCAUUAUCCCAAACUGAAAUUCUUCCAAGCUACUACAGUGUGAACAAUGUGAGUACCUGUAUUCAACUGCCUUCAUUAUUUCUAGUGUUACCUAGGCAUCGCAACAGCACUUCAGAAUUGAACUGUAAGCUGCCCAUACACAUAUGGAAAUAAACUAUAUAAAA